AUGAAUCAUUCUCAUAGUGAGCUGCCAAUAUUCAGACUAAAAGAAACAGGUCAAGAGAUAAAUGGACACAUGAAGAACACUUACAAUUUAUUAACAGUAUAUUUUAUCUUACUUUCAGGCCUCAAAGCAUAUGGCAAAGACUGGGAUAAAAUUGAUCAAAUGAUUCCCACAAGGAGUUCCAUCCAAAUCAGGUCUCAUGCUCAGAAAUAUUUUGCUGUAAUUAAGAAGACCUUCAACUCAGAUGAUCCGGUGAAGCUAAUUCAACAAGGAAUGUGAGACCAGUCGCCAUUCUACAGAUUUGAUAACUCAGAAUUUAUUCAGCCUCAACAAGAGCAUCAGCACCAUGAUGCCAAACAUCAAGAAAUUUGCCCUUCCUCUCAGAAAUUGUCUAAGAUCAAAAGCUCCAAUCUAUUUAUGACAGAAAAUGAGCUUCAGAGUGCACAAAGAGAACAAUCUCAAAAGAACUAUAAAUAAAAGGAAUCUCAAAAGCUUAUUGAAGUAUCGUGAUGACUCUAGUUCUUAUGAAUUCUUCCAAUCUAAAGCUGAAAGGAGUUAUACAAAACCAGAUCACUCGCAAACGAGUUUGAACAAUGCUCAAAAACAGUUGAAACAAAUCAAGAGAAAGUGCAACUCUCAUUGUCCAAAUGCGAAAAAAUUGAUUUCAACCAAAAAGUCUUACUCUGAUGCAAACACUCUCAAACAAAAAGCAUGGAAGAGAAGUCACAAGCAGAUGCAAGUUACACUAAACAAUAGUAAAAUGACUAUCAAAGGAAAUGAAAUUGAUGCUAGAGUUCCUUGCAUGAUGGUGAGCAAUCCAGACAACUCUAAGUCUAUAAUCCCUCUGCACCCUGCUUUAGUCUUAAUUUUACCACUGAAGAAUACAAGCCUUGCGGAAACUAACCCUAAGAAGAACUUAUCUGAUAACACUUUGAACAGAUUAUCACAAUCAUCUACAUCGUUCCCUACCAUUGGAAUGUUUAACAUUGAAAAGAGAGGGUUUGUUACCAAAGGAAGUUCAGCCCAGCCCCUAGAUGAACAGAGUGAAGUAAGGAUGACCAGAGGUCACAUCCAGUCUAUGAACCCCACUGCUUCACCAGAGCAGCAACCACAGUGUAUCAAAGGUCCUUCUGCUGGGACUAUAUUUGAAGGCAACUCUUUGAACGAUAAUGAAUCCAGUGAAAACCUUGUCAGCAUAACCAAGCCCAAAGAUGUGCUGAAGAGCUACUGUCAGUGCUUCUACUAGAUUAGUGAUGAAGGAAUGUUGAUGGAGACUUGAGAACAGUCUGGAAGAUAGAUUAUAUAGUCUCUAAAAUUAUUCAUUAAACCUCUUUCAAUCU